AUGCUGCUGGUGCUGUCGGAGGAGCAGAAGGCCCACCUGGGCUGCCUGCCGCGGGCGGGCGGCGCAGCCGUCGGUGAGCUGGGCCGUCUGGCGGUGGAGCUUCUGCGGCGAGGCGCGGCGCCGCGGGCCUGUGAGGCGGCCGCCAGAAAACUUAACAUCGAUGUUGACAUUGUGCAGCAUGGAGUAGAAGGGCUAUCAUACCUGCUUACUGAGAGCUCCAAGCUUAUGAUUUCUGAGAUAGACUUCCAAGAGUCCAUUCACGUUCUGGGAUUCUCAGAUGAACUGAACCAGUUACUGCUCCAGCUGUACCUUGACAACAGGAAGGAGAUCCGAAGCAUCCUCAGUGAGCUGGCCCCAAAGCUUCCCAGCUAUCACAGUCUGGAAUGGAGACUGGAUGUGCAGCUUGCAAGCCGAAGUUUGAGACAACAGAUUAAGCCUGCUGUGACUCUAAAGCUGCAUCUCAAUCAGAAUGAAGAACAAACUGCCCAGGUGCUGCAAACCGACCCUUCCACUCUCCUCCAUCUUAUCCAGCAACUGGAGCAAGCGCUGGGGGAAAUGAAAACAAACCACUGCAGAAGAAUAGUGCGCAACAUGAAGUAGUGCUGGUGCCAGGCUGGAGGCUUUCUCAGCUAAAGCAAUGCUCACAAAUACAUUUUGAGGGAAAAUAAACAUCUGGAUCAGAUGAAAUGCUUUCCUGUGCCAGGAUCUUAAGCCAGUAAUGACUGGUUGCAUGUUCUCUGGUGCUAACUUUGCACCUCUGCAUGACAAGCAAUAGGAAACUGGCUUUGCUUUGAUGGCAAAUGCAGAAAUUCAGCUGGCUAUGCUGAGGAUUUUUUAAGUGUAGUUCUACUUGAAGACCUUUCCUACAGGAAGUAGAGCUGUCUUAGUAUUAUAUGAAGCUGCACAUUUAUUUUUAUGUUUAUCAGGUAGUUUUUUCCCUUGGUUUUGCUUUUGGUUUGAAGGGGGGGGGGGGUGUUCAAAACCAACCCUGUACUGGUGGGGAUGUUAAUUUACAGGGUGUUCCCUCCAUCUAGACUCAUGUAUGUGUAAGAGUACACGAGGGAGUCCUGCCCUCUCGAGAGG